AUGCGAUCCGGGGAAGCAGGUGCUGCAAAAGGGUCCGUGCAGAAGCUGCGGCUGGGCGUCUACCGGCGCGCUGCGCAGGGCGUCAAAUCUUUGCUUCGGUUUCCAUUUCUUUCUUCGCAAACCAAAGCCAAACCACCAAAAGAAAAUCUCCCCUCCACCCGCGCGCACCGCAACGUCGAUGCCCACGACAACCCGAACCUAAUCAACACUCUUCGCCAAGGCCUCGCAAAUAUGCUGACGCCCACGAGCACCUUCGCCAUCCGCCUCGCCGGCCAGGGCGCCGCCCGCGCAUCGAUUGCCUCUUCCAUCGCCCGCACCACCGCAUGCCCGUACUCGACCGCCUCCAUGAAGCAGCACCAAGCCUCUGCCCGCCCAAUUGGUCUCGCCUCGACAACCGGCCCCAUCGCCCGAACCAGCGCCGCCUUUGCCGCAUCCCCCUCGUCCUCCAUCGUCGCCCGCGUUGUCCGCCAACCCUGCUCCCAACGCUGCAACGCUACCGCUACCGCCUCCGCUGCGGCGCAACAAAAGUCCGCCCCUUCGCCGGGCGACAGGUUGGACUGGGAGACCUUCUUCCAGCUGCGCAAGUCCCGUAGAAGGUGGCAGCUUGGCUUCAGCGUCAUUUCUGGAUUGGGAUCCUUUGUUGGCGGUGCUGGCAUCUUGGCUACUGGCAUUGCGGACCCGUUGGUGACACAGAUUCCGCUGGAUCCUUUCAUUACGAUGGGUCUUAUGACGAUGGGCUUCGGUGCUCUUGGAUGGCUUAUUGGACCUAGCGUUGGUUCUCUGGUGUUCUACACGCUGAACAAGAGGUGGAAGACUCAGAUGACGGUGAAGGAGAAGGAAUUCUUCGCCCGCAUCAAGAAGAACCGUGUUGACCCCUCUGUCUCCUCUGUUGGUAACCCUGUCCCCGAUUUCUACGGCGAGAAAAUCUCAAGCGUCAAGGGCUACCGUCAAUGGCUCAAGGACCAGCGAGCCUUCAACAAGAAGCGUGUCAGCUUCGUGUAG